UACCCGCGCAACUCGGCAUCACCGGCAUCAGCAGUAUCAUCAGUCAAUCUACCUUCGACCUCUCUCACCCACCCAACAAAUAAAUUCAUCAUGACUGGCCGCGGCAAAGGAGGCAAAGGACUGGGCAAGGGCGGCGCGAAGCGUCACAGGAAGAUUUUGCGCGACAACAUCCAGGGUAUUACAAAGCCCGCCAUCCGCCGUUUGGCGCGUCGUGGCGGUGUCAAGCGUAUCUCGGCCAUGAUCUACGAAGAGACGCGCGGUGUCCUCAAGACUUUCCUCGAAGGCGUCAUCCGCGACGCAGUCACCUACACUGAGCACGCGAAGCGCAAGACCGUCACAUCCCUCGACGUGGUCUACGCGCUCAAGAGGCAAGGCCGCACCCUUUACGGUUUCGGUGGUUAAGCGGCGCGCGACUUUCAGAUUUUCUUCGGCAUGCUUUUACGACUACCAACAAUAUCCGUCGGCAUGAAGCAGCUGGCCCGGCGACAGGCUUGGGCACAGCCAUGAUGGAAGGCGCGAUAUGGGUACGGCUGGGGUGUUUGCAAAGGGC